UCUAAUCUGCGUGCAAAUCCCAGUCUUCCGCAACCCGCAAUACACGCAACAUGGGUCAAUGUCGUGCCACGUUUGUUUCGUGUUUGGCAACAUGUAGCGUUUUCUUGUGUCUUUUGUUGAGUGAAAUUAAGGCCCAAACGACUGUACCAUGGUACGAAAAUCUUCCAGCGGUCGCCAUGGAUUACAAGGUCCACAUAGACCCAGGAAAAGAAGAUUGUUACUUUCAAUAUGUUAACCCCGGAGCGACUUUCUACGUGAGUUUCCAGGUGGUGAGAGGGGGCGACGGCAUGGCCGGCUUUGCAGUACGUCACCCGUCGGGGCAAAUCGUUCAUCCGUACCAGUGGAAGCCCAGCAGCGAAUACCAGGACCAAACGUCCUCCGGAGGCUACUACUCUGUUUGCAUAGACAACCAGUUCUCGAGAUUUGCGGGCAAACUCGUUAACAUUUACCUAACAGUAGUGAGAUACGACAUGUGGGAGAAGUACACGAAAGACAUCGACGAACUAAAUAUGAAUAUGGAGAAUUUUACUAGUACGAUCGUCACUGUCGAUCGAAAUAUCAACGACAUCCUGCAGUACCAGCACCACUCCAGAGCUCGUGAAGCUUGGGAUUUCAAUCUUUUACAAGACAACAACUCCUACGUUGUGCGUUGGUCGAUAAUUCAGAUCGUCGUCAUCGCUCUGACUACCACAGUCCAAGUAUACUUCGUGCGGAAGUUGUUUGAUAUCAAGUCGGGAUCCAGUCGGUCUCGGAUAUGAGAUUUUAUUUAUUUUCUUUGAACUUAAAAAGGCUGUCUUGUGCUAUUAGUCCUACGUAAGUUAUGUCAAAAAAAAAGAAAAAUCCACGCAUCGAACGGAUUUUUCCAUUUUGUCAGUCCUUAACGAAAUGCCUGUCACUGGUAUCAACAAAAGCGAAACCGUUAAAAAAUAUAAUAAAUUUAUUUUGUAUUCCUUUAAUAUAUACAUUUUGUUCAUGUUAUCAUAACUGAAUAAAAACAUUUGAUAUCACUA